UGUACACCUCCAUUGGAGAUGCUGAUGAGAUGCAGGAGGCAGCCAGGUGUUCGAGGACAAGACCGAAUGGCAAGAAGACCACAGAUUGAAUGUUAACCCCAAAUCCUAGCUGUGUGACUCUGAGCCAGUCGCUUAACCUCUGUGUACCUCAGUUUCCUCAUCUGUGAAAUGGGGAGAAGAGCAUCCACUUCCCAGUGUUCAAAUACUUGUAAUGUGUGCAAAGCGCUUUUACAGACCUUAAAUAAAGCAUGUUUAAAUGCUACCAAUAGGACCACCUUUGUGCCUGAAAAAUUUUCCAAUUUAAAAAAUCCACUGACAAAGUAGGUAGCAAAUAAAUAUAAAAUAAAGGUGAGAUGUCUCAGCCCUCCAGGUUUCUGUCUUUGUCUACCCUUCUCUGCCCCCCCCAGCACCCCAUCUCUGACUUCUUGAUCUAUAAAAUGAGGGGAUUCAGCUUGGUAGCUUCCUUGGGCACUCCCCGCUCUCACUGUGAUCCUUCUAGGAACCACCUCCUCUGAGCCUCUGCAUAUGGAGGCCCCUUUCUCUAUAGACUGGGGGGGGGAGAUGUUGGGCCCGCUCCCAAUGCAGGGACACCCCCCUUAGUUCACUACGACAGAAAGUGGCUUGGAGUAUUUUUGCACAUAGAAGUCCUUGGCCUUUCUCAGGAGAGCUCCAGAAGCUUUCAUUUAAUGUGUGUUUGGGAUGGGGGGCUGCCUCCAGUCAGCUCCCUCUGAUUAGAUAGAAGGCGGUCUCUGUGAGGGGCAGAAGCCUCCUUCAAAGCCAGCUUCUCCGGGGUCACCCAGCUAAAUUGGACAUCGUCUCCUCUGCUAGCCCAGCCCCCGUUGCUUGCCCCCUUCCUGUGACUCGAUGGUGCCUUCCAGGCUCGGGAUUUGGGUUGGGGGAGCAGGCCUCAGGCAAGGGCUCAGGAAGCUUCUCCCCUAGCUGGAGAGGGGCUCAGCGUGUGACCUUGGAGCCGCCGUUCUGGGCUGGCCACGUGGCCCGGACUGGCAGGGACAGCUGCCUCCUGGGUGGGGGCCGGAAGGCCGGGCUGUCUUGCUGUCUCCUGAGCCUCUCAGUUCUUUGUUCCUUCGGCCAGGGAGUGACUCCCAGCUUCUAGGGGCUCCACUUCUCUAUGGCACCGGGCUCUGGCCUAGCUGGGGCCACCCGUCCGUGAGGGGUCACUUCCUUGCUGGGGCCGGGGCCGGAGAUGGGGCAGGACCAGGCCAAACAGCAGAUAGAGAAGGGGCUCCAGCUGUACCAGUCCAACCAGACCGAGAAGGCCCUGCAGGUCUGGAUGAGGAUCCUGGAUAAAAGCAGCGACUUGGUGGGGAGGUUCCGAGUGCUGGGCUGCUUGGUCACUGCCCACUCAGAGAUGGGCCGUUACAAGGAUAUGCUGAAGUUUGCUGUGGUUCAGAUCGACACGGCCCGGGAGUUAGAAGACGCCGACUACCUCAUGGAGAGCUACCUGAACCUCGCCCGAAGCAAUGAGAAGCUGUGCGAAUUCCAGAAGACCAUCUCCUACUGUAAGACCUGCCUCAACAUGCAGGGGACUCGGGUGGGCCAGCAGCUCAAUGGGCAGGUGAGCCUGAGCAUGGGCAAUGCCUUUCUGGGCCUCAGCCUCUUCCAGAAGGCCCUGGAGAGCUUCGAGAAGGCCCUUCGCUACGCGCACAACAAUGACGACAAGAUGCUGGAGUGCCGCGUCUGCUGCAGCCUGGGCAGCUUCUACUCCCAGGUCAAGGACUACGAGAAAGCUCUCUUCUUCCCCUGCAAAGCCGCCGAGCUGGUCAAUGACUAUGGCAAGGGAUGGAGCCUCAAGUAUCGCGCCAUGAGCCAAUACCACAUGGCGGUGGCCUAUCGGAAACUGGGCCACCUGGGGGAUUCCAUGGAGUGCUGCGAGGAAUCCAUGAAGAUUGCCCUCCAGCACGGAGACCGGCCUCUUCAGGCUCUCUGUCUCCUUUGUUUCGCCGACAUCCACCGGAGCCGCAGAGACUUGGAGACAGCCUUCCCGAGGUAUGACUCUGCCAUGAGCAUCAUGACAGAGAUUGGGAACCGCCUGGGGCAGGUGCAGGUACUGCUUGGUGUCGCCAAAUGCUGGGUGACCAAGAAGGAGCCAGAGAAGGCUCUAGAUGUCAUCGAAAAGGCCCAGGAUCUGGCUGAAGGCCUGGGGAAUAAGCUGAGUCUACUGAAGCUCCACUGCCUGAGUGAGGGCAUCUAUCGCAGUAAGGGGCAGCAGCGGGAGCUCCGGGCUCACGUCGUCCGCUUCCAUGAAUGCGUAGAGGAGACGGAGCUGUACUGUGGCCUUUGCGGGGAGUCCAUCGGGGAGAGGAACAAUCGGCUGCAGGCCCUGCCGUGCUCCCACUUCUUCCACCUCAGGUGCCUGCAGAACAACGGGACCCGGAGCUGCCCCAACUGCCGCCGCUCCUCCAUGAAGCCAGGCUUUGUGUGACUCUGCCCUGGGCACAAAGGGCUCCAUCCUGCAUCCCCUCUUCCUCCCCGUCCUUCCUGAGGCCUCAUGGAUCUGCCUGGGGGAGCCCCCCCCCCCCAAGAGGCUUUAUCAUUUUAGUUCUGCCAAAGCCACGUCAUCAUCAGGUUUUCCCCCUGAAUUCCAGAUGUUCGCUUUGUUUUAGAAGUGGCCGGAGGGGUCAGGCUUCGUUGUCUGUAUCUGCCUUCUUCCCCCCGCCAUACCCCCUGCUCUUACUUGGGCCUGUAGCAUUCCUGACUGCUGGGCUCCUCACGGCCAUGUUUCUGUCCUUAACCCGAUUUUUGUUCUCUUCCCCUGUAACACCCCAAUUCUGCCAGGUUUUACCCUUCCCAGAAUACUUUUAACUCAGUCCAUUCCCUGUUUGUGGGGAAAGUUAGCACUGGGGAAGUCCAAUCCCCAUCUGUGGUGGUGGCAAGAACCUGUGGUUCUGAUCCAGCCCCCUCCCCUGCCGUCAUCCUCUACCUGGGGACUGGCCACCUGACUUCCUCCCCAAAGGCAUGCAUUUACUAUUUGGGAUUCUUUUCUUGGUGUCAGGCAGACAGCAGCCUUCCCUCCUGCACCCAACACUGCCUAAACAGUAAUAGUCGACCUCUGAUGCCCACCAUACUUGUUUGUCUCCUCUUCUUUCUAGAAAAAGGGAAAAGAAAUUGUUUCUAUCCAGGUCUGAGUGAAUCUUUUUUUUUUAAACCCUUACCUUCUAGUUCUCAGAUGAAGAAAUAAAAACUAUCCAGCCAUA